UGGCCCAGCGAUAUGCGGGGGUGACUAUCGAUAUGCCAGAAGCAUCGAUUUGCUCACAUUUCUUGGGUGUUUAAGCGUGAAAAAAAACGCCUAAAUAAACGAAUCGGCAGCGUGUCAGGCCAGAAAGUGCAACCAACGGAUCGCCGUUUGCGCCGCAGUCGAGGAUUGGAACCGCAGACGCCGUUGAAGGCGCCGAAAAACGUCGCAGCAAUCGCCAGCCGUCGCAGCGGAGUGUUUACUGGGAGAGGGGUGCAGUGGAGGAGCUGUGUGGGCGCGUGCGUGUGUAUGUGUGCGCCAGUGAGUGGGGCAGAGGCAGCGGCAGCGGCAGAGGAGCAGCGACGGAUGUAGCUCGUUGCCCGGACCCCGUAGUGGAUACCACGAAGUGCUAGCGCAAACGUACGCAGGCCAACUUGGAGGCACAAAGAAAAUAAACACUGGAAACCGAAGACGAGGCCUUCUGGAACUGGAACAGCACUGCUCAACAGCCGCAGCCGCGUCGGUGACCGCACCCUAAUGUCAAAUAGCCAAGCGAAUGCCGGCAUCAGCGGUAGCGCGGUAGCGGAUGAACCGAUCCAGCACCACCCCUCCUUGGCGGCCGCCCCCGUAAGUGCAUCCUGCCCAGCAGCGACGCCGCCGUCGCAGUCGACACAGCAGCCCCCGCAUAUAGUUGGUGCCUCAACAGCUGAUGCGGGCAGCAGCGUUGCGGUCGGCGUCGUCGCUGGCAGCGAGGGCGUUAAUCUGGACUCGUCGCCACGCGAGUCCGGGGACGAUUCUGAGGAUGAGAGCGAGAUUCUAGAGGAGUCGCCAUGCGGACGCUGGCUGAAGCGACGUGAGGAGGUGGAUCAGCGCGACGUGCCCGGGAUUGACUGCGUCCAUCUGGCCAUGGACACCGAGGAGGGCGUAGAGGUCGUGUGGAACGAGGUGCAAUAUGCCAGUCUGCAGGAGCUUAAAUCGCAGGAGGACAAGAUGCGGCAGGUGUUCGAUAAUCUGCUGCAGCUGGACCACCAGAACAUUGUCAAGUUCCACCGCUACUGGACGGACACGCAGCAGGCCGAGCGGCCCAGGGUGGUCUUCAUCACUGAGUACAUGUCGAGCGGAUCGCUGAAACAGUUCCUCAAGCGCACCAAGCGCAACGCCAAGCGGCUACCGCUGGAGUCGUGGCGCCGUUGGUGCACUCAGAUCUUGUCCGCACUCAGCUAUUUGCAUUCCUGCUCGCCGCCCAUCAUCCACGGCAAUUUAACCUGUGAUAGCAUCUUCAUCCAGCACAACGGCCUGGUCAAGAUCGGCUCGGUGGUCCCGGACGCGGUCCACUACAGCGUCCGGCGCGGCCGAGAGCGGGAACGUGAACGCGAGCGAGGCGCACACUACUUCCAGGCGCCGGAGUACGGCGCCGCCGACCAGUUGACCGCCGCCCUCGACAUCUACGCCUUCGGGAUGUGCGCCCUGGAGAUGGCCGCCCUGGAGAUCCAGCCUAGCAAUAGCGAGUCAACUGCCAUCAACGAGGAGACUAUCCAGCGCACAAUAUUUAGCCUGGAAAAUGAUCUGCAGCGCGACCUGAUACGAAAGUGUCUCAACCCACAGCCGCAGGACCGACCCAGCGCCAAUGAUCUGCUCUUUCACCCACUGCUUUUCGAGGUGCACUCCCUCAAACUGCUGACUGCCCAUUGCCUGGUCUUCUCGCCCGCCAACCGCACUAUGUUCUCGGAAACCGCCUUCGACGGCCUCAUGCAGCGAUACUACCAGCCGGACGUGGUGAUGGCCCAGCUGCGGCUGGCUGGCGGCCAGGAGCGGCAGUACCGACUCGCAGACGUUUCGGGCGCCGAUAAGCUGGAGAAGUUUGUCGAGGACGUCAAGUAUGGUGUGUAUCCGCUAAUUACGUACAGCGGCAAAAAGCCGCCCAACUUCCGUUCCCGGGCCGCCUCCCCGGAGCGGGCUGACUCCGUAAAAUCUGCCACGCCGGAGCCUGUGGACACGGAAUCGCGGCGCAUCGUUAACAUGAUGUGCAGCGUUAAAAUUAAGGAGGAUAGCAAUGACAUAACCAUGACAAUACUGCUGCGCAUGGACGACAAGAUGAACCGCCAACUGACGUGCCAGGUGAACGAGAACGAUACGGCGGCGGAUCUCACCAGCGAACUGGUGCGCCUCGGCUUCGUCCACCUCGACGACCAGGACAAGAUCCAGGUGCUGCUGGAGGAAACGCUCAAAGCGGGCGUUAUGAGCGACGGUGCCGGGGCAGAGAGCUCCAGUGCGGGGGUGACGACCACGGCGACCAUGGCGGCCUUGGAGCAGCUGGAGCGGAACUGGUCGAUAUCCUCCGAUACAGACAAGCAGGGCACUGCCGUGAUGUAUGUUCCGCAGGAGCAGCAGCAGCACGCGAACGUGGAAGUCGACGUAGAACAGUCGGGCACGACGAGCAAUUGAAAGUAUCAGCUUAGUAUUCAGGGAAGGCCGGCGCGUAUUGUUUUUAUUAUUAUUAUGGGAAAUUACACAUUACGAUUUUAUUACUACUAUUAUUUGUUAUUUUUAUAUAUAUACCUAUAUAUAUGUAUAUGUAUGUAUUUGAAAUAAUAUUUAUGUAUGUAUGUAUCAUAAACGAUGUUGAACCAGG